AUGAAAGAGAACAUACCAGAAAAUGCGAACGAGCAUUGUCCAGGUGCAGGAAGCGAGGAGGCUGGAAAGGCUUCGGCCUGUGAUGGUUGCCCAAAUCAGAGUGCCUGUGCAUCCGGUUUGGGUCGCCAAGUAGACCCCGAUAUUGAGUCUAUACGAAAUCGCUUAUCUGGCGUCCGACAUAUUCUGCUAGUUUUAUCAGAAGUUUUCUUGAUUAUUACUGUAAAUUUCGUCUUGCAGGUUGCUUUGUUGGACGUGGAUAUUUGCGGUCCUUCGCUAGCGCGUAUGUUAGGAGUUCAAGAUGAGGCGGUACACGAGAGCGCAGAUGGUUGGAGUAAAGUGUUUAUUGAUGACAAUUUGUCUGUUAUGAGCAUCGCGUUUCUUCUGCAAGAAAAAAAUGAUGCUGUUAUAUGGCGUGGGCCGCGCAAGAACCAGAUGAUAAAGAAAUUUUUGAUGGAUGUAGACUGGGGCGAGUUAGACUAUCUGAUUAUUGAUACUCCCCCUGGAACUUCAGAUGAGCAUAUUUCCAUCGUUCAAUAUGUGCAGCAAACAGGUUCUUUGGAUGGGGCAAUAUUGGUAACAACCCCGCAAGAAGUUUCCCUCCAAGACGUGCGUAAAGAAGUAAAUUUUUGCCGGAAAACCGGAAUCAAUAUCAUUGGUGUGGUAGAAAAUAUGAGCUCUUUUGUGUGUCCUUGCUGUUUUGCAAUUACACCACUAUUUCCUAAGACUACUGGAGGAGCCGAAAUUAUGUGUAAAAAAAUGUCUCUGCAUUUAAUGGCUACUUUGCCGCUGGAUCCGCGGAUGGCUGCGUGCGUUGACAGCGGAGAGGAUUUUUUGGGUGAAAACGCGGAUUCUCCUCUUGCUAAGGCUUACUUUUCUUUCGAUCACCUUUUGCAUCAUCGAAGACGAUCACAUGUGCGACAACUUGACAUAUCUUCAGUUACUAUGGGGACGAAGUUGAGGCGGGUCGUUAUUACUGGCAUAGGGAUUGUCAGCCCUUUUGGGGUUGGAAAGAAGGUGUUGUUUGAGAAUUUGGUGGCGAAUAAUUAUGCACUGCAGUUUGAUAGUAAAUUGAAGGCUGUUUUGGGCAGGGUCCCGGAAACGGAGUCUGAGAGUUCUCUGAACCUAAGUGAAUGGAAGGCAGCAGGCCAGAUGCGUCGAGUGAGUCGAGGUAGCAUGCUGGCCAUGGUAGCAGCUGAGGAAGCAAUUCAAGAUUCUGGCCUACAAAAGUCUGAUUUUGCUGAAAUGGGUGUUGAUGUCGGCAUGGGUAUUGCAGAUUUGGAAUUAAUUGUAGAGGCUGGAAAUUUAAUUAAGGAUGGCAAACCGCAUAAAGUUACACCUUAUUUUGUCCCUCGUAUCUUGACCAACAUGCCAGCAGGAAAUAUCAGUAUACGUUACGACCUUGACAGUUACGGUAUGCGAGGUCCGAGUCUAAGUUCAAGUACAGCAUGUGCGACUGGUUUAAACGCAAUCGGCGAUGCUUCAACAUUUAUUUCGAUGGGGCGAGUUGAACGUAUGAUUGCAGGAGCGACAGAAUCUUGUGUUAACCCAAUUGCCGUGGUUGGUUUUCAAAGGCUAAGAGCCCUGUCUUCUAGUAAGUCAUGUCCGUUUGAUUCUAAAAGAGAUGGAUUUGGUCUGAGUGAGGGAGCUGGGUUAGUUAUUUUGGAAAGUCUGGAUUCUGCGACAAAGAGAGGGGCAAAGAUUUAUGCAGAAAUUAACGGAUACGGUGUAGCAAACGAUGCUUUUCACCUAACAGCUACGUCAGAGGAUGGAAUUGGAGCCGCACUAAGUAUGAAGCGUAGUAUUGAUGAAGCUGGAUUUGAUCUUUCAAGUAUAACUUAUGUAAAUGCUCAUGCUACUUCAACACCUGUUGGUGAUUCCGCUGAAGCGCGUGCGAUUGCCUCACUUUUCCCUGGCGUUGCUGUUUCCUCAAUCAAAGGACACAUUGGACAUACCUUGGGUGCUGCGGGGGCCAUUGAAGCGGCCGUGGUAGCAAUGUGUAUCAAAGAGGGUAUAAUUAUUGGUAACGUUAACCUGGAGAACACAGAUAUUACAAGCGAUAUUAGACUGUUAAUGAAGGCCGAGACAUGGAGUUCAGGGCGAAAAGCCCUCGUCAAUUCUUUCGGUUUUGGGGGUCCACAUGCAACUCUUUGUAUGUCUGAAUACCUGGAAUCUUAG